CUGAAGAAGUUGCUCCUCUCUCCAUCGCACGUGCCUCCGAGCUGCGAGGCUCAGCGGGACGGGAGCGCCCGGCGCCCGGGGACCCCUAAGUCACGACCCUCACGGCCCUGCACAAAGACCAACCCCUCCCAGACACCUGAGGAGUGUCCCAGCAGCCACCACCACUCAUCUCCUGGCAACUGUGCCCAUCAUGAGGAUGACAGUGACUCCAGCGAGGACUCGUUGAGCUCUGGCGACUCGCGAGGACUCGUUGAGCUCUGGCGACUCGGUGACUCAGCAGAGGAUGGCUCCGGCAGCCAGUUCUCCUGCGAGGGGGAGAUGCACUCGGUGGUGGAGCUCAUCCGCUACAUGCACACCUAUUGCCUGCCGCCACGGAAGCUGCCCACGUGUGAUGCCACCCACCCCAAGCCCCAGCCCUGCAGCAGCCCCUUCAAGAGAGCCAAACCGGACUGCCCCACACAGCCAGGCCAUGCUGGCAACACCCAGAACCGGCCAGGCUGUGCCUGGCAGGCAGUCAGCACCUGCAAGAAGCCCGGAGCAUCCUUCUCCAUCCUGAAGGAACUGCUGGCACGAGACCUGCUGUGUGAUGUGAGCAAGCCAUACCGCCUGGGCAAGCCCGUGUACGCCACCCUGGCCCGGCCGCCCGCCACAGGGAAAGUGACCCGCAAGCAGGAGAGCACCGUUUACGCUGUUCGCCGGUCCAAGAGACUCAACCCAGAGCUGGGCCACUGGCUCUCCUUCCUUGACGAGCCACCUGCUGAGCCCUCCGUUCCUCAGGAGGUCAGGGACAGCCAAACACCCAGGUGUCUCACGCUGUCCUUGGCACAAACUGACCCAUCCUUCGGGAAGAGAAACUUUGAGCCAAUGCUGACUGUGGAGCUGUGUGGGACAGCAGACAUCCCACAGGAGCCGGGGAAGGAGGACGGGAUGACACCCAGCCCCGGGGGUGCAGGGGACACGGCAGGCUCCCGCAAAGCCCCCAGGAAGCACCCUGAGAGGACAGAGCUCUUCGCCCACCUGAGCCGAGCCGCUGGGCGCCCACCGCUCACCGAACAGCAGGGCGUGCUCAAGCGACCCUUCUCCCGCUCCUUUGGGGACCACGACUACUGCCAGGUGCUGAAGCCCGAGGCCAGCCUGCAGAGGAAGGUGCUCAAGUCGUGGGAGCCCCCGGGCCAGGUGGAGAUGGAGCACAAGAGAAGGGUCCCGGCUGCCCACUACCAGGGACUGGACCUCUGCAGCAAGGAGGCGGGUGGCGAGAUGUUGUGGAAGGACGGUGUCAAGCAGCUGAGAGACCAGGAGAUCAGAGCCAGCUUAACAAAGCACUUUGGCUUUCUGGACAGUGCUCUCGAUGACGAGGACAUGAUCUUCUGCAAGACCCCUGAGUAUGACACCGUGUUUGAAGACAGCUGCAGUGAGAGCGGCUCCCCCGUGGAGGAGGAGGAGGAGGAGGAAGAGGAGUCCCGCAGCAGGGCCAGCGGGUCUUCGUGCUGCCGGUCCCGAUCACCCGCAAGCAGACGUACCUUCAGGUGUGAGAACAGCGAGCAGUGUCAGGGCAGGAGCAGGCACCGGGGCCAGCUGGAGAAGAGGCGGGAAAAGGCCAUCGGGGAAGGCCGGGUGGUGUAUAUCAGAAACCUCUCCAGCAGCAUGAGCUCCAGUGAACUGAAGAAACGCUUCGAAGUCUUUGGUGAAAUCGUGGAAUGUCAGGUCCUGUCCAGGACUAACAGGGGGGAUAAAUACGGCUUCAUCACCUACCGAUAUUCAGAGCAUGCCGCCUUAUCUCUGAAGAAUGGCACCUCGCUAAGGAAGAGGAAUGAGCCUUCAUUCCAGCUCAGCUCUGGUGGCCUCGGGCACUUCUUCUGGACCAGAUACACUGACUUGGAUUGCAGCGCAGAGGAGUCCUCCUCAGCUCCAGUGAAAAGCAAGUAUGAGACCAUGGAUUUCGACAGCUUGCUGCAGGAGGCCCAGCUAAGCCUGCAUCGUGUGUGA